AUGCCCGGCCCAAUUCUUGGCUGGAUCACCAGCGUGCUGGGAGUUAUAGCAACUGCCCAAGCUCAACGCCCACGCACGACCACUACCCGGACCACCACCACCCGGACGACUACAACCCGAACCACGAGCGCUGUCCGGACCACGACGACUGUUCGUCCUACGACAACCACCACGGUCACUGUCGCUAGCUCGAGCUCUUCGACAUCGUCCGCUUCUGCAACUCCUUCUGUCAAUGCCGCUAUUUUCAACGGCAAUGUUGACUCCACGGUCUUGGUCAUUGCCAGGGACGCGUACGGCGCACAAGUUGCCUCAUCUGGCUUGAACGGCUAUGGCAUACCCUUCCAGAUCCUGCAGGUUCCGCAGGCUGGUGUCGCUCUGCCUACCCUGAACACCACUGCUGGUGGCAACUUUGGUGGCAUCAUCGUGGCCGAACAGGUGUCUUACGACUACGGCAAUGGCAAUUUCUCCUCAGCCCUGACUGCUGGUCAGUGGCAGCAAAUGUAUGAUUAUCAGACCAUGUAUGGCGUACGCAUGGUUCAGUAUGGAGUGUACCCUGGUCCCCUUUACGGUGCCACUGCCCUCGGUGGCUGCUGCGACGCAUCGACUGAGCAGCUCUUCUCGUUCUCCAACGUCGCUGCGUUCCCUCAAGCAGGCAUCAAGACUGGCGCCGGUGUCUCGACUGCAGGUCUCUACCACUACCCUGCCACGAUCACCGAUACGACGACAACCACUGAGAUCGCGCAAUUUGCCGCAGGUGGCGGCUUCCAAGUUUCAACUGCUGGCGUCAUCAACAACUUCGCUGGAAGACAGCAGAUGGUUUUCUUCCUGCCCCAAGCGACAGAUUGGAACCCGACCAGCAACUUCGUUCAGCACGCCUACAUCACUUGGAUGACCCGAGGCCUGUACACAGGGUUCCGUCGUGUCAAUCUCAACACCCAGAUCGAUGACAUGAUGCUGGCAACGGACAUCUACAACGGUUUGAACCAACCAACAUCGCCUGCUUAUCGUGUCAACAGCAACGACAUGACGAACGUCGCGAAUUGGGUGUCGACUAUCCAGUCUAAGAUGAACGCUGGGUCCUUCUAUCUGCCAGAGAUCGGGUACAAUGGAAACGGCGCCAUUGAUGCUGCUACUCAGGGCGGUGAAGUUCUGACCGAUUGCGGCACAGGACCUGUCUACACUGAGGAGCGUGCCGACACUGCUCUUGAGUUCCAGAAGCCACUGGGCAGCGGCACCAACGCGUGGCCCAACACUCCCACGACGUAUACCUACACAACCACAUGUAACAGAAAGGAUGCUCUCUGGGUAUGGUUCAGUAAUGCCAACAAUCGUGACAAGUUCAUGCACCUGUCUCACACAUAUACUCACUACGAACUCAACAAUGCUACCUACAGUGAUGCACUUAAGGAAAUCCAGUUCAACCAAGCUUGGCUGCAGCAGAUUGGCCUCACUGGUGGCAGAUUCUCAGCCAACGGUCUGAUCCCUCCCGCAAUCACUGGUCUUCACAACGGAGACGUACUCAGGGCGUGGAAGGAUGCCGGUCUGACGAACUGUGUUGGAGACAACACCAGGCCCCUCCUUCGAAACUCCCAGAACCCUAUGUGGCCGUACAAGACCACCGUCGCGGCUGACGGAUAUGAUGGAUUCAAUGUCAUCCCUCGCUGGGCUACACGCAUCUACUACAACUGCGAUACUGCUGAUUGCACUACCCGAGAGUGGAUCGAGACCUCUGCUGGCGUUGGUGACUUCACUGCUCUGCUCGACCAGGAGCGCAAGGAUACCAUGCGCCAUCUCUUUGGUCUCUACCAUGAGGGAUACAUGUUCCAUCAAGCCAACCUCCGCUCCCAAGGCCUUGCUGCCAUCCCAGUCAACGGCGUCUCUCGCCAGAUCUCGAUCUUCCAGGCGUGGGUUGAGAUCGUCGUUGCAGAGUUUACUCGUCUUGUGAACUGGCCAAUGAUUACUGUCAAGCAAUCGGAUCUCGCUCAGGCAUUCCUUGACCGUCAAACCCGCGACGGCUGUGUCCCUAAGCUGACCUGGGCCAAGAGUGGAUCUACCAUCACUGGUCUCACAGUCUCAGCGACCAGCAACAGCUGCUCGGUCCCCAUUCCGGUCACAGUCCCAGCGCCCGUGUCGGGAGCCUCAAGCGCUCGCCUUGAACAGGUUGGAUCUGAUCCCCAGACCUACUGGGUCACGCUCUCGGGCUCGGCCCAGACCUUCACGUUCACUACGCCCAUUACUGUCUAA